UCAUGAUGUUGUCAUUUCACAAUAAAGAUCAUGAUAUGAUCUGCUAGACUACUUGGAGAAAGGAUUUUUUGUGGAAGAAGUUUUAUCCGUGUGAUUUUUUUGAGAAAAAAAUAAUUUAAUAGGUCUUAAGGAAAAUGAAAAAAUCAAGAACUGUGCACAAUUUUCUGGACUAUGUCCAUCCAGAAGACUUUGCAGCUUCAAAGUUUGGGAACUCCUUAACUGUUCCACGAAGAAGCUUCAGAGACCAAGAUAUAAGGAGGAACAGUAAUAUCAGUUGUGGAACCUCUUCUAGCUGCAUGAGUGAAAGCAAUGAUAACUUUCUGGACAUAUACAGCCAAAGUCUAAUUAGCUCGCGAUGCAACAGUUUGACUCUUUCUGAAAUUUUUCACGUCUCAGUCCUUGGCGAUAAUGAUGUUGGAAAGCACUCAUUGCUCCAUAUGUUUACUGAUACUGAGGAUAUAUGGGGUGACAUGACAGAAAGUAAUACCGAGGACAACGAAAUUUGUGUUUCACUCGAUGGCACAGAAACAUCACUUAUUUUUGUUGAACAAAUUACUUUGGAGAAUAUCAGAGCAUGCGCAUACAUGGAUGUCAUAGUAGUAAUGUACUCGGUAGUUGAUGUUGAGUCAUUCAGGUACGCUGGCAAAAUUGUUGGAGAGAUCAACAAACAUUACAGGAAACCAGUCAUUCUAGUUGCUAACAAAGUUGAUCUGGCCAGAAAGCGUGCCAUUUUUACAAAAGAUGGUGAAAAACUGGCCAAUAGAUUUGGGUGCAAGUAUGUUGAGUUAUCGCUCGUCUUGAAUCAUAACGUAGAUGAUCUAUUAGUAGGCAUUGUGCGACAAGCUCGCCUUCAACCACAAUCAUCAACGAUAUCACAAACAUCAACGAUAUCACAAUCAUCAACGAUAUCACAAACAUCGACAGAAAAACAACAAAACAGAGUUCAAAAAUUGACAAAGGGACUUUUAAAAAGAUGGAGAAAGUUACGACCAAAGGGAUCUCUUUGUACGAAUCUGUUUGAUUCAUGAAUUGGGCAAGUGUUUCUUGCCCAGACUCUACUAACCUUUAUUUGUUAUGGUGUUUCCCAAAAUCCUGUCAGGGAUUUUUGUUUCUUAUUAAGAGAGUUGUCUGAAAGUAAAAAAAAAAUAAACAUUGUCGUUGAUAAAGUAUAACAACAAGUGAUUCUUCUCCAGAAAGUAUCAGAAAUUGAGAAUAAAAAAGAUGUUAAAGUUAAACAAAAGACCAUAACUUUCAUUCACUAUAAGAAAAUACAGUAAGAAUUGUGGACGGGAUGUUUGUUCUACGAUUAAUUCUUUCCAUGAAAAUUAAAAAGAAAUGAGAUUAAAUAAAGGGGGAAAAAUGUCUUCCACAUUUGCCAGUAGAAUGAACAUUAAAAUCAAUCGUAUAUUCAUGGUGCUACAUAUCGGAGACACAGCAAUAAUUAACUUUAUGAUUCAAUGAUUUUGUUUCAAAAACCUUUUUUUCAUAUUAUAUUACA